GAGAUCCGCGCGCCGGCGCUGGAAGUGGGUUUGUCUUGUUGCCUUUCCCUUUCCCUGCCCCCCCCCAGCUCCUGUCCCCCCCCCAUACCCCCCACCUCCCGCCUUCAGGGGCGGCCAUAGAACCGCUUUACGCGCACUUUACGCGGAGACUGGGGAUGGGGCGCGCAGAAGCCGCGGGCGCCUCGCGGUCGGUGCUCAGCGCGCAGCGCGCAAUCUUUGAAGCGCCCCGGGGCUUAAGGAGGGGUUUCCUCGUCUCUCCCUCUCUCUUGUUGCUUUAACUUUUUGUAUGUCUUAAAAUCAUCUCCGAUUGUUAGCAUAGAUCCGUCCGGUCAUCUUUCGCAGAGGUCCUGGGGGGUCGCCUCCCCAAACUCUGCCGCUUUUCUCCGCCAGACCCCCGUUCUUUGCCGGGGCACCCCAGCAAGACCCCUUUUCCACUUUGUGCUCAUUGCCCAAAUGUGCUCUUCUUGCUGAAGCUUACUAUACCUGUUCCAUUGUGAAGGUAAAUUGGCACCUCCUUAUUAAGUGUAUGCCAGUGUCUUCACUGCAUAUGUUUAGGUGCCGGAAGAAAACAUUUCUCUUCAACCGGGUAUUUGGUUGAUAAACUUUUGAUGGCUCUGGAAAUGUGUUUAUGGGAGGGGAGAUAGUGGUUUGGUUUUAUGGCGUAUUUUGUUUGCUCGUUUUGUAUUUUUCUGUUGUGAAGCACCCUGGGAUCAUCAGAUGAAGGGUGAUAUACUACUAGUACCUCGGGUUACACUGUACUAAUACUACUACAGUGGUACCUCAGGUUACAUACGCUUCAGGUUACAGACUCCGCUAACCCAGAAAUAGUGCUUCAGGUUAAGAACUUUGCUUCAGGAUGAGAACAGAUAUCGUGCUCCGGCGGCAGCAGGAGGCCGCAUUAGCUAAAGUGGUGCUUCAGGUUAAGAACAGUUUCAGGUUAAGAACAGACCUCCAGAACGAAUUAAGUUCUUAACCUGAGGUACCACUGUACUAGUACGAGAUGAGUGCCACAACCCCAAACUUGGUUACGACUGGACCUAAUGGUCAGGGGUUCCUUUACCUUUUUACCUCUGGUUACGUACUUAAUUCGUUCCGGAGGUCUGUACUUAACCUGAAACUGUUCUUAACCUGAAGCACCACUUUAGCUAAUGGGGCCACAUGAUUUCUGUUCUCAUCCUGAAGCAAAGUUCUUAACCCGAGGUACUAUUUCUGGGUUAGCAGAGUCUGUAACCUGAAGCGUAUGUAACCCGAGGUACCACUGUUAUAUUAUUAGUACUAUUAGUAGUAUUACUAAUACUACUACUACUAGUAGUAGUAAUAGGAAACAUCCUCCUGCUUCUUCGGAUUCCCCCUGCCCCCUUGGCAUCUGGGUAGUAAACAGUGAACGUACUCCCCAAGGUUUGAUUUGGAGCCCAGGGAGGGAGCAAAGGUCACCCAGGAAGCUUCACGGCUUAGUGGGGGAUUUGAAUCCGUGACUCUUCCCUGGUCAGAGUCCAUUUCUUUCCUCCUCCAUCUUUGAGCCCUUGAUUGGCUUAGCCUGGGGGGGUGUGUAUUGUGGUUCUUGCGGCGCAGUGAGACUUGCACCUUGAUUGCGGGCUGGAAAAUGGGUUUAAAAGCGGCCCUUUUUCGGAGCCCAAGAUGCUGCUGCUCCCCGUUGCCUUCUUGCUGACGCUUGAGUUUCCAUUCCACACGGUUAGUCAGUGGGGCUGACUUCUGAGAACUGGAGGAAACGGGGAACUCCUCUGUGGCUAAAACUUGCCCAAGAGGCAGGGCGGUCAUGAGUUCAAGAACUUCUUCACUGGAAAAUGGCAGGAGUCAGGAGAAAGUGUGCCUCAUCUGGACUGUUCUGGGGAGGCAGAAGAGCGUGGAUCAGGCCAGUGGCCCAUCUAGGCCAGUAUCCUGUUCUCACAGCAGCCACUCAGAUGCCCCAAAGGGCUGCCUGAGAGCAGGAUCCGAACACAGGUUCACUUUCUGACAGUAGGAGCUGUUCGAUAGUGGAGCAGCCUCCCUCGCGAGGUGGUGGGCUCUUCUUCCUUGGAGCCAUUUAAGCAGAGGUUGGGCGGCCACCUGUGAGGGAUGCUUUAUCGGAGAUUCCUGCAUGGCAGGGGGUUGGACUGGAUGACCUUUGGAGGUCCCUUCCAACCCUACACUUCUAUGAUUCUCUCCUCCUGUGGUUUCCAGAAACUGGUGUUCAGGAUGCUGUGGUGGACUGGAGGAGAUGGGCUGGUUGCCUGUUCAGGGUGGGGUUGAGCUCCCUCUGAAAGGUUCAGAGUUGGGGGUGGGUGGGUGCCCCUGGAUCCAUCUUGGCCUCUGGAGUAGUAGUGUUGUUGUUGUUUUUUAGUCGUGUCUGAUUUCUUAACACUGGUUGGGAUUCUGGCGAAAGAAGCUGCUCCCAGGCGUUGCUUAGAUAGAUUGUUGUUUAGUCAUUUAGCCGUGUCCGCCUCUUCGUGACCCCCUGGACCAGAGCACGCCAGGCCCUCCUGUCUUCCACUGCCUCCCGCAGUUUGGUCAAACUCAUGCUGGUAGCUUCGAGAACACUGUCCCACCAUCUCGUCCUCUGUCGUCCCCUUCUCCUUGUGCCCUCCAUCUUUCCCAACAUCAGGGUCUUUUCCAGGGAGUCUUCUCUUCUCAUGAGGUGGCCAAAGUCUUGGAGUUUCAGCUUCAUGAUCUGUCCUUCCAGGGAGCACUCGGGGCUGAUUUCCUUCAGAAUGGAGAGGUCUGAUCUUCUUGCAGUCCAUGGGACUCUCAAGAGUCUCCUCCAGCACCAUAAUUAGUAGUAGUAGUAGUAGUAGUAGUAGUAGUAGUAGUAGUAAUAAUAAUAAUAAUAAUUUAUACCCCGCCCAUCUGGCUGGGUUUCUCCAGCCACUCUGGGCGGCUUCCAACAAAAUACUAAAAAUGCAAUAAAACAUCAAACAUUAAAAAACUUCCCUAAACAGGGCUGCCUUCAGGUGUUUUCUAAAAGUCAGAUAGUAGUUGUUUAUUUCCUUGACAUCUGACUGGAAAAUGUUCCAUAGGGAGGGCGCCACUACCGAGAAGGCCCUGUGCCUGGUUCCCUGUAACUUGGCUUCUCGCAGUGAGGGAACUGCCAGAAGACCCUGAGAGCUGGACCUCAGUGUCCGGGCAGAACGAUGGAGGUGGAGACGCUCCUUCAGGUAUACUGGGCCAAGUCCAUUUAGGGAGCUCAUGUACCCUCCGUGGCAAGGAGUGCCUUUGACAAGCGACAGCUAGAACAUCAACUGCAGCUGUUCUUGGACCAGGGAUGGUCUGUCCAUGGGGCACUGGCAGCCUUGAUUAUUGCAACAUGCUCUUUUCAGGGCUGUCCUUGGGCCUGGUCUGGAGGCUCCAGCUGGUGCAGAAUUCCACCCCUGGGCUACUGAAGGGGAGAAAGUAUUGCCAGCACAUAAUUCCGGUGCUCAAAAGUUUGCACUGGGCCCAAGGCUCUUGUUUUACUCAGCAGCACUUGUUAUCUAUUGCUCUAAUCCAUGCCUGAUUUAGGUUUGAUGAGGCCCUAAGCUCCUGAAGGUAAUGGGGCCCUUUAUAUGUCCAGCUGUCCUUUGUCAACAAAAUAUCACUGUUUUCUGUGUUGAAUAUAUGCUAUAUGGUAAUUUAUGGACCUAAUAGGAGCCUACACAACACAAAACACUCUUGCUGUAUGUAGGUUUUAUUUUAUUUGUUUUUUACCUUAUAUUUUGGAAAUGUGCACCCAGUUUUUUCCCCUUUAAUUUUUUGGGGCCCCCCCCCAAGAGAGUGGAGACCCAAGCUAGAGCUUGUUUAGCUUAGACGUACAUCCGGCACUGGCUCUAAUGAUUAAUUGGAUCAAUGCGGUACUCCUGUCCAGAAACCCAUCUCCCAGGGCCCAACUCUUCCUUCCUUCCUUCCUUCCUUCCUUCCUUCCUUCCUUCCUUCCUUCCUUUCUUUCUUUCUUUCUUUCUUUCUUUCUUUCUUUCUUGCCUUCUUGCCUUUAUAUACCACCAUUAUCUUCCAAGGAUCUCAAGAUAUACAUAGUUUUCCUCCUCCCCAUUUCACCCUCCCAACAACCCUGUGAGGUAGGUGACUGGCCCAAGGUCACCCAGGGAGUGGGGAUUUGAACCCUGCUCUCUCAGGUCCAACACUCUUAAAACCCUUCUUGCCACACUGGCUGUUUCCAUUGGCCUUCCUCAGUUGGGUGCCCUCUGCCUGUUUUGGACGUCCGGUCCCUUAGCUGGCACAGGGUGGGGUAGCCUUUCCUUGAAUGCUGAGUCCAGGUGUUUUUUGGGUGUGCAAAUAUUGAUCCGUUCCUUCUCUUCCUCUGCCACAGGGUCCUUGGGUGACCUUUGUCCUUUCCCCUGCUUGCCAGAGCUGAUGCUCAAGAUGUCCUGCUCUCACGAGAAGACCACGAGAAGCCUCUUCGUCUGCCUGGCUCUCGUGACGCUGGGCGACACCCGGCUUUCCUUCCGGAGAAAAGGUAGGCAUCCACCAAUCGCUGGAUGAGCAUCCUUGGCGGUUCCUACAUAGUCUGUGUGUUUUUAUCCUCUGGCAUCAAAGCAGAUGGCUGUGAUGGGAUCUUUGUCUAGACUGAGCAAGGUUUCCCCAGCUUGGGUCCCCAGCUGUUUUUGGACUACAACUCCCAUCAUCCCUAGUUACCCAGUGGUCAGGGAUGAUGGGAGUUGUAGUCCAAAAACAGACAGACCCAAGGUUUGGGAAACACUGGGAUUCCAGACUUUUUCAGAUCCCCCAUCCCCAUUCCGUAAACUCAUCCUCAUAAACCUGCCUAUAAAAAAAGCAUUAUUCCGAAUAGCGGUUUGCAUAACCCACUAAGGAAGCAGAUAACACGGUAAAAUUCAAAGCAGUAGCAAUUAAUUGCACAUUGAUUCAAGGGUUGCUGUACAUCUGUGGUAGGUGAAGCUUUGUGCAUUUCUGGUAGGCAGUUAUACAUAAAUAUGUUAUGCUACGAAUUUCCUUAACUUUUACUUUUUUGUCCGUAAAAAAUGUGCAAAUAUAUAUUUUUUUCAUGCAGUUUUCUCUGCUGUAUGUUGUGUUUUUAGCUACAAUAUUAGUGGUGGACAUGCAAAAAGGCUGGAGCAUUUGGGGAAAUGAUAUAUAAUGAACUGGAAAAAAAUGUUUAAGAUAACUUUUGUAAAAACAAACCAACCCAGAAGCCUUUUUAAUAGACAUUACAGGAGAAGAAAUACCAAAAGACUGUUUAUGCAUGCAACGACAGAUGCAAGAAUGCUUUUUGGCCAAAGAUGGAAGGAAGAGGAAAAGCCAGCCGAGGAAGAGUGGAGAGUGAAAAUGAUGGACUACACAGAAAUGGCAAAAAUGACUGGGAAGAUCAGACAGCAAUAUGAUAGUAAAUUUAAAGAAGAAUGGUAUAAGUUCAUAGAGUACAUUAAGGAACAAUGUAAAGAUUUAAAGACGUUAGCAACGCUCAUUGUCGCUAGCCAUUGGGCAUGCUGGCUGCAGCAACUACCCCGUGCCCCUAAGCUGGUCUGCUGCCCUCUGGAAGAUGUUGCCCCACCAAGAUGGGACAGGCUUGAAUGUUGGAUGGCCGCCUGUCAUGUAUGCUUUAGCUGAGGUUCCUGCAUUGCUUGGGGGUUGGACUGGAUGACCCUCAGGAUCCCUUCCGACCCUACAGUUCUCCAAUUCUGUGUGCAGAGGAGGGCGACUGAGAUGAUCAAGGAAACCGAGUCUGAUGAGGAAUGGUUGAGGGAGCCGGUCUGUUUCAGCCUGGAGAAGACUGAGAGGCGACCUAGGCAUCCAAUGAAUGUUGGAAGAUUUAGGGCAGAUAAAGUGCUGUAUUUUUCACUCCAUAAGACGCACCUAGUUUUUAGAGGAGGAAAACAAGAAAAAAAAAUAUUCUGAAAGAAACAGUGGAUGUAUGAUUUUUGUGGUUCAUGCUGUGGCCUCAGACAUGUAAUCUGAUGGUAAAUUUGGGGUGACCCAAUGCAAAAAUCCUGAGAAUCCAUGCGGAUACGUGCUUUGUAACCACAUUUUUGCACCAUUGUGGCCCCAGGAAACAGUGGGUACGUGAUUUUUUUGGUGCAGGCUGUAGCCAUGGACAUGCUAUGUGAUCUGAUGGUGAAUUUGGGGUGACCCAAUGCAAAAAUCCUGAGGAUCCAUGGGCUUUUACCUCCCCAGGCAGCCUCCUUUAUCAGCGUCCCUUAUCUCCCUCCCGAUCCCACUGAUCAGCUGUUUCCUUUCAAGACUCCCUUCCCUCUUGUUUGCCUUAGUGUAGUGUCUUUUCCUUAGGUGGAGCAGUUUUUUGCUCCUCCUUUUCUUCUAAUUUCUCUCCUUAUUGCUUUAGUCUUCCUGUUUCCCCCCUUUGCAAGUUUGCUGUCUUUACCUCCCCCCUCCCAGGCAGCCUCCUUUAUCUCUAGCGUCCCUUAUCUCUCUCCCCAAUCGGCAAAUGAUCAGCAGCUUUGUUUCAACACCCACUUCCCUCUUUUCAAAAAAAAGCAUGAUCUGCUUUUCACCCCUCGGCAAUUUGGCUCCAGGGACCACACAUUCGCUCCAUAAGACACACAGACAUUUCCCCUUAAUUUUUAGGAAGAAAAAAAUGCGUCUUAUGGAGCGAAAAAUAUGGUACUUCUUCACAUUGUUAAACUAUGGAACUCUCACCCACAGGAGGCAGUGAUGCUCACCAAUCUAGCUUUUAAAAUGGGGUUAGGCCAUUUAGGGCUUUCAAGGUCAGCACCAACACUUUGAAUUUUGCUCGGAAACGUCCUGGGAGUCAAUGCAGAUCUCUCAGGACCGGUGUUCUAUGGUCUCGGCGGCCGCUCCCAGUCCCCAGUCUAGCUACCACAUUCUGGAUUAGUUGCAGUUUCUGGGUCACCUCCAAAGGUAGCCCCACGUAGAGCGCGUUGCAGUAGUCCAAGCGGGAGAUAACUAGAUAACAUUGUUGCAGAUGGCUUCCCUGGGGAGACCCCUGGCCCCCUCUCCCCUCUUGGGAACGGGACUCAGGUGGAAACUGAGGUCUUUCCUCGUUGCACGACUUGGAGCGCAAAACCUCAAGCGGCCAGUCCAGAGCCGAGUCGCCAGUCAGAAGCCGUCAACUGAGGCCGUUCGUCAUCUGCAUUCCCAGGACUACAUGGCUUUGCCUCAUGCCAGCACAUCAGCUGCCAGAAACGUUCGCAGAAUGGGGUUGUUGCAAGUUUCUUGAAAAACAGGUGUGUUGCAAGCUGAAUCUGCAGACUGCUUUGCUCACAGGAGUUGGAUCGUAGACUUCCUGUGAGCAACAGCGCUGAGGCUGAAGUGCAAAACCGGGAAGAGAUUUGGCGAAGGCGGCGCCUCCUUUUUUUACCCCGAAUUCAUGGAUUCCUGUGUUUUGCAAUGUGUCUGUCUGCGUGUUGCCACAUCGAGCCGUUACGCGGAAUGAGGAAGAGCACCAAGCUCUGACGUAUCGUUGUGCUACGUAAUUCUUUAUUUUGUCGCUCUGUGCUCCAGCUUCCGAGACCUGAUGGGCAUUGCCCACGCUCCCUGCCAAUUAUUUUCUCUUCCCCUCCCCCCCCGGUUUUUUUUUAUUUCAUUGGUAAAGGUAAAGGUAAAGGUAAAGGUAAAGGGACUCCUAAUCAUUAGGUCCAGUCGUGGCCGACUCUGGGGUUGCGGCUCUCAUCUUGCUUUAUUGGCCGAGGGAGCCGGCAUACAGCUUCCGGGUCAUGUGGCCAGCAGGACUAAGCCGCUUCUGGCGAACCAGAGCAGCGCACGGAAACGCCCUUUACCUUCCCGCCAGAGCGGUACCUAUUUAUCUACUUGCACUUGGACGUGCUUUUGAACUGCUAGGUUGGCAGGAGCAGGGACUGAGCAACGGGAGCUCACCCCAUCGCAGGGAUUCGAACUGUCGACAUUCUGAUCAGCAAGUCCUAGGCUUGUGGUUUAACCCACAGUGCCACCCACAUCCUCCCAGUUCAUAGUCCAUCACUACAACCAUUACACCACCCUGGCUCUCAAUACGAUACUGGAAACAUUGCAGGGGUUGGACUUGUUUAAUACACAUUGUUAAAUGUGUAUAAAACAGGGAACAAUUAUAGGAGCAGAGGAAAACGGAAAGUUGAGAAACAAGACUAUAGAAUGAGGCACGUGGAAUGAGUAGAGCAGUUGCGCAUGGCUUAAAAUAACACACAAAAAAACCCCCAUGUAAAUAAUAUCAUCAUUAUCUGAUUAUCUAGUCUACUUCCAGAUUUGCCAGGCGUGUGACAAGGGAAGUUUUGAAAAUGAUGAUUUUGUUGUAUAGGAGGGACUGCCAAGUCGUUUAAAAAGCAUCUGGAGGUUCUAGUCCCUGUUGAAAUCUCAAAUGAUGGCUAAUUUUCUCCAGCGUGGCUACAUUCCAGAAUGAGUGGUACCCAACCAUCUGGUGCAAGAUUUUGGGCUGUUUUCCACCGAGUAGCAAUUACUCUCUCUUGAGCUGCCAAGAUCAUAUAUAACCCUCUGCCAAUUGUGAUCUUUGCAAUGAUGAGUGUUUGAUAUAUUUUGGCUCGGUCGGCAGAGCGUGAGAUCAUUUAUCUCAGAGUUGUGGGUUUGAACCAUAGCUGUCAAGCGUCCCUUAUUUGGUGGGAAACUCCCUUAUCCCAGUGCCGUGUCCCGCUGCUGUCCCUUAUGGAUGAUGUCCCUUAAAUUUCCCGGGUUUCAAAGGAAGCAGCUCCUCUCCCUCCCUCCCUGCCGGCCAGGGAGGAGGGAGGCUCCAACUGUGUUGCUUGGCUGCGUUGCUCACCCAAUAAGGAGUCUAAGAACGACUGGGGGGUGGAGCUUGCAUGCCUUGUGCCGAUCAAAUCGGCCGCGUUGCCUGGGGACUUGCCUUUGCUCAGCGCUUCCCAGCGGAGAGGUGGUGGUGGUUUUCCUUGCUGCAUCCCCUUUGCCGGGUUGCUGCACUGUGGGAACCACCGCUUGAGGCUUCGUUGGGCUGCUGGCUGGGCUUUCUGCCUUUGGCUCGGAGGGGCUCAGAAGUUGAACGUACCUGUGCUCUGAAAAUCCCUUAUUUUGGCUGCUGAUCCCUUAUUUUUGAGGCUGCUGGUCCCUUAUUUUCAAAUCUGUAAGUUGACAGCUAUGGUUUGAACCCCACGUUAGAUGAAAGAUUUCUGCAGGGGAUUGGACUGCAUGACCCUUGGUGUCCCUUCCAACUCUAAAAUUCUAUGAUUCUUGAAAGGGGGGGAGCAUUGCAUUCCACAGUGGUUAAUAAUAAUAAUAAUAAUAAUAAUAAUAAUAAUAAUAAUUUAUUUGUCUCCUGCCCUCCCCGGCCGAGGCUGGGCUCAGAGCGGCUAACAUCAUAAAAACAACACAAUAUGCAUAAAAACAGACAUCAGUUAGUUAAGAUACAUCUUUAAAUUAAUUCAGACAAGUUAGAAUCUGGGCAGGUGGCAAUUAAUCAGGUUGGAGUUGAGAGUGGUUAAUACUUGCCAGGAUCAACUGCUUUCACUGAGCAAACAAGGACCUGUGAGUGGAUUGGGGGCCUCCUUCGGGCUUGUUUUAUGCAAAGGGAAGUAAGUACAGUGGUACCUCUGGUUGCGAACGGGAUCCAUUCUGGAGGCCCAUUCGCAACAUGAAAAGAGCGCAACCCGCUGUGGCGCGUAGGUUGCGAUUCGCUGCUUCUGCGUGUGCCGUCAUUUUGCACUUCUGCGCAUGUGCGAGCGGCGAAACCCAGAAGUAACCCUUUCCGGUACUUCCGGGUCGCCGCGGGACGUAACCUAAAAGACCGUAACGUGAAGCGGACGUAACAUGAGGUAUGACUGUAAGUCAAACUGCAUCCUGCCCAAAGGCCUGGUGGAACAGCUCCAUCUUUCAGGCCCUGUGGAAAGAUGUGAAAUCCCGCAGGGCCCUGGUCUCUUGUGGGAAAGUGUUCCACCAGGCCAGGGCCAGGGCCAAAAACGUUAGAGUCUUGGACUUGGACCUGGGAGAGACCAGGGUUUGAAUCCUUCCUCAGCCAUGAAGCACACCUUGGACUGCCUCUCAGCCUGAAUUAUGGGGAGAUAUGAUCUUCCCAGCAUCUUAGAAAGCAGAGACAUCACCUUGCCAACAAAGGUCCGUAUAGUUCAAGCUAUGGUUUUCCCAGUAGUGAUGUGUGGAAGUGAGAGAUGGACCAUAAAGAAGGCUGAUCACCGAAGAAUGGAUGCUUUUGAAUUCUGGUGCUGGAGGAGACUCGUGAGAGUCCCAUGGACUGCAAGAAGAUCAAUCCGAUCCAUCCUUAAGGAAAUCAGCCCUGAGUGCUCACUGGAAGGACAGAUCCUGAAGCUGAGGCUCCAAGACUUUGGCCACCUCAUGAGAAGAGAAGACUCCCUGGAAAAGACCCUGAGGUUGGGAAAGAUGGAGGGUGCAAGGAGCCGGGGACGACAGAGGAUGAGGUGGUUGGACAGUGUUCUCGAAGCGACCAGCAUGAGUUUGACCAAACUGCGGGAGGCAGUGGAAGACAGGAGUGCCUGGCGUGCUCUGGUCCAGGGGGUCACAAAGAGUCGGACACGACUAAACUACUAAACAACAACAACAUGAUCUUCCCUGUGGCCUGGACCUAAUCUAUAUGGGGCAGUGGCUCCCAAAGUUGGGGGGGCAGUAGGAUUACUUAGGGGGACACUGAGAGGUAAGGGGGCAGCGGGAUGGGGGGUGGGAUCCUGGAGGGGUACACAACUUCCAGGCUUUGAAAAGCUGCUAUCAUUGGAUCAAGUUCAUCUCUUUUGUUGAAUUCGUUAAACAAAGUCGUUUUGAUUGACUUUUUGCAUAAAAUGGGCAACUAAUUGGUACUGUUUUGAAUUUUAUUGCGUGAUUAUAUUCCUUAGUGUGUUCUGCUAACCGCUAAUCUGAAUAAUGCUUUUUGUAGAUUUAGUGUGAGGGGUAUGGGGAUGAGUUUAUGGAACUAAGGUGGGGGCAGUGGCCCCCAAAAGUUUGGGAAAAGCUGGACGAGGGCUUUAUAGGUCAUAACCAGCACUUUGAAAUUGUCACAGAAGUUAUAGAAUCAUAGCAUUGAAAGGGGACCCCAAAGGUCAUCUAGCCCAACCCCCUUCAAAGCAGGAAUCUCCCCCCCCCCCAGCGUUGGACUUGAACCCACAACUCUGAGAUUAAGAGCCUCAUGCUCUACCGACUGAGUUGUCCCAGCUUGUCUGGAUGAUUCUCUCGACUUCUUAGAUGCCUUAAGCAAGCUAUUUUUAAUAAUAAUAAUAAUAAUUUAUCAUUUAUACCCCACCCAUUUGGCUGGGCUUACCCAGCCACUCUGGGUGGCUUUCAACAGAAUAUUAAAAUACAAUAGUCUAUUAAACAUUAAAAGCUUCCCUAAAGAGGGCUGCCUUCAGAUGUCUUCUCAAAGUCUGGUAGUUGUUCUUCUCUUUGACAUCUGGUGGGAGGGCGUUCCACAGGGCAGGUGCCACUACCAAGAAGGCCCUCUGCCUGGUUCCCUGUAACCUCACUUCUUGCAGUGAAAAACCGCCAGAAGGCCCUUGGCGCUGGACCUCAGUGUCCAGGCUGAGUGAUGGAGGUGGAGACGCUCUUUCAGGUAUACUGUGCCUUUGAGGCCCUUUAGGGCUUUCAAGGUCAGCACCAACACUUUGAAUUGUGCUUGGAAACGUACUUUGAUAUCCUUUUAGAGCCUGUUGCAAGGUUUCUGUUUCUGAUGGCUCAGGAACUGGGCCACCAAACACACUUGGGGAUUUUGGGUUUGCCCAUUUCCUUUGCGCUCCUUUACAUCCCUCCCCUCUGCUUUUCCCUCUGACCCCAGGGUGUAGACCACCAGAACCGCCCGCUCACAGUGCCUACCGAUGCCAGGCCCCCCUGUGCCAGGAGCCUCUUCCGGACUCGGACCUGUUCGGACCUGAAACGGUGCUUGAAUUCUACUGCCUACCUGGAUACGUCACGACCAGCCUGCCAGCCCUCGCCUUCUGCCGAGGAGGGCAGUGGAAUAUGCUGAGAGACCUUGCUUGCAUGCCCCCGGGAAGUAAGUGUUGUGACCUCUCUCUCUCUCUCUCUGCCCCCUACGCAGAAUAAAAAUGCAAAGGGGAGAAUAAUUUGUGUAUCCGGUUUGCCAAAUCAGAGAUGACCCAACUGCGUGAACAGCCCCUUGAGGCUUCAACUGACUCCCCUGCAAAGGAAGUUUGUGGCAUCUUGUGCUUUUAAAAAAAAGUUUAGUCCAGAGUUUCCUGAACCUUGGGUCCCCAGCUGUUUUUGGACUACGGUUCCCAUCAUCCUUGAUCACUGGUUCUGUUAGCUAGGAAUGAUGGGAGUUGUAGUCCAAAAAGAGCAGCUGGAGACCCAAGGUUUGGGGAACCUUGGUUUAGAGAAAAGGUGAGGAAGAGGGGACAGGAUGGGAGUUUAUAAAAUGAUGCAUGGUGUUCGAGAAAAAGGGCAGGGGACUGCUUUUCCCCCUGUCAUGUAACAGUAGAACUUGUAGGCACCCAGUGAAGUUGAUCAUUGGAAAAUUCGGGGCAGACAAAAGCAAGUCUUCCUUUGUCAAGCACAUAGUUAAACUGUGGAACUCACUGCUGCAGGAUUCGUGGAGGUAGUUGUUGUUUAGUCGUUUAGUUGUGUCCGACUCUUCGUGACCCCAUGGACCAGAGCACGCCAUGCACUCCUGUCUUCCACUGCCUCCCGCAGUUUGGCCAAACUCAUGCUGGUAGCUUCGAGAACACUGUCCCACCAUCUCGUCCUCUGUUGUCCCCUUCUCCUUGUGCCCUCCAUCUUUCCCAACAUCAGGGUCUUUUCCAGGGAGUCUUCUCUUCUCAUGAGGUGGCCAAAGUCUUGGAGCCUCAGCUUCAGGAUCUGUCCUUCCAGUGAGCACUCAGGGCUGAUUUCCUUAAGAAUGGAUAGCUUUGAUCUUCUUGCAGUUCAUGGGACUCUCAAGAGUCUCCUCCGGCACCAUAAUUCAAAAGCAUCAAUUCUUCGGCGAUCAGCCUUCUUGAUGGUCCAGCUCUCACUUCCAUACAUCACUACUGGGAAAACCAGAGCUUGAACUAUACGGUCCUUUGUUGGCAAGGUGCUGUCUCUCCUUUUUAAGAUGCUGUCUAGGUUUGUCAUUGCUUUUCUCCCAAGAAGCAGGCGUCUUUUAAUUUCGCAGCUGCUGUCACCAUCUGCAGUGAUCAUGGAGCCCAAGAAAGUAAAAUCUCUCACUGCCUCCAUUUCUUCCCCUUCUAUUUGCCAGGAGGUGAUGAGCCCAGUGGCCAUGAUCUUCGUUUUUUUGAUGUUGAGCUUCAGACCAUAUUUUGCGCUCUCCUAUUUCACCCUCAUUAAAAGGUUCUUCAAUUCCUCCUCACUUUCUGCCACCAAGGUUGUGUCAUCUGCAUAUCUGAGGUUGUUGAUAUUUCUUCCGGCGAUCUUAAUUCCGGCUUGGGAUUCAUCCAGUGAAUUCAUUCAUCCUCUCCUUCGUGGAGGAGGAGAGGGCUAUUGAUGGCUCCUAGCCAGGAUGGCUGUUCUUCGGCAUCCCAAUUGCUGGGAACUCCAGGAGAGUAGAGGGCCCUUGUGCUGGACUCUUGCUCGUGUUUCCCACUGGGGCAUCUCCUAUUAUUAUUUUUAAUGCUUUUUAUUGGGGUUUCAUUUAAUACAAACAAACAAAAUACAGUAAAAUCCAACAAUCAUUUACCCGCAUUCUUUCCCCACACUCUGCUGAGCACUGACUUCCUUCCCUCCCUUCAACAGGUUUUCUUAUGUCAGUUACUUUUCCACAAUUUCUUAUUGUAUCCAAUCCUAUCUACAUCGUAAGAUUUAUUUCAGUCCUGCCAGAGUCUUCAAAUUUCUACAGUUAUUAAUUAUAUACUCCAUAAAUUUACUCCAAUCUUUUUGGAAUUGUGCUUCCUCCUGAUUUCGGAUUCUAUAGGUCAGUUCCGCAUAAUCAGCCAUCUUUGUCUCCUCUAUUGUUGGUAAUUCUGGUACUUUCCAGUUUUGGGCUAACAAAGUUCUGGCAGCAGUCGUAGCAUACAUAAAUAACCUUUGAUCUGCUUUUUCUAUUUGCUUUCCCAUCAGACCUAGCAAGAAAGCUUCCGGCUUUUUCGGGAAAGUGUAUUUAAAUAUCUUUUUCAAUUCGUUAUAAAUCUGUUCCCAAAACUGUUUCGUUUUCUCACAUGUCCACCCCAAUCGGGCAUCUCCUUGGCCACUGCAAGAAUAGGAUGCUGGACUUGAUGGGCCGCUGGCCUGAUCCAGCCAUAGCUGUCAACCGUCCCUUAUUUGGUGGGAAACUCCCUUAUCCCAGUGCCGUGUCCCGCUGCUGUCCCUUAUUGAUGAUGUCCCUUAAAUUUCCCGGGUUUCAAAGGAAGCAGCUCCUUUCCCUCCCCGCCCCUGCUGGCCAGGGAGGAGGGAGGCUCCAACUGUGUUGCUUGGCUGCGUUGCUCACCCAAUAAGGAGUCUGAGAACGACUGGGGGGUGGAGCUUGCAUGCCUUGUGCCGAUCAAAUCGGCCGCGUUGCCUGGGGACUCGCCUUUGCUCAGCGCUUCCCAGCGGAGAGGUGACGGUGGUUUUCCUUGCUGCAUCCCCUUUGCCGGGUUGCUGCGCUGUGGGAACCACCGCUUGAGGCUUUGUUGGGCUGCUGGCUGGGCUUUCUGCCUUUGGCUCGGAGGGGCUCAGAAGUUGAACAUACCUGUGCCCCUUGGAAAAUCCCUUAUUUUGGCUGCUGAUCCCUUAUUUUUGAGGCUGCUGGCCCCUUAUUUUCAAAUCUGUAAGUUGACAGCUAUGGAUCCAGCAGGCUGUUCUCAUGCAAUAUUUCAAGUGGCAAGUGGCAUGCAAUCCAUGGUGUCUUGCGCACACCUAGCGUUGCACCCCACACCCUCCGAUGUUGCAAGGGGGGCUCUCCCUGUGUCCCACAUUCAGAGUGUCGUGGCCCAGUCCUGAGUGCCAUUCAUGCAAGAUGCAAAAUUCGGAUUCCCUGGGCUCAGAAUUCAAGCCUCUCCACCGGUUUGGUUGCCACCUUGUGGACAGAACCGCAACAACAGUUCACGCUGUCACCCACAGUUUUGUAGGCGGUUGGCAUUAGCUGCCAAGGAGAGGAAGAAUCUGACUUUGCAGAGGAUUGUUGGUGAAAUAUACUCGGAGUUGAGAGUGGAUUUCAUGCUCUUUAUUCAGCUCAUAGUGGUGAGGAGGAGGAAUGGAAGUUCCCCCACAAUAUCUGCUUUAUAUACAGUAUUUACACAUUGGGCCGCACCUGAUUGGCUAAUUCCAGGAUUCUCCUGUAGGCCAAUCAGGUUGUGGAUUCACUUCCACCUGGAGCUGGAUUGGGUGGCUCCUGCGGACCAAUCAGACUGCUGCAUUCUGAAUCCAAUUGUUCUAGGACCAAUCAGAUUGCUGCAUUCUGGAUCCUCUUCAACUCAGUACAUAACAGUUGGGCUCAGGGAUGAUGAGGCGACUUGCAGUCCAGCAACAUUUGCAGGGCACCAGAUUGGCUUUUCCUACAGCCACUGAAAAGCGAGUGUUCAAAUUUUAAUCCCAGAGAUAUGAAUUCAGACUCAUUCAGAUUUGCAUUUAUUUGGGUCCAGUUUAUUUGAGAGGCUUGUCUGCUACGCAAAGUUGCUUAGGAUUGAGUUGGGGCCCUUAGCGAGCCAACUUUCAAGUAUGCAAGCUUUUGAGUCCAACAGAGAUCUUGGCCUAUUGACAGCAGUGGGUGACUGUUGUGCUGCUAUAGCGAUGGUUGCUGUUUAUUGUUGUUGCUGACCUUGUGUGUUAUCAUCCUGCCAGGGCACUCAGGGUGGUCCAAGACAGGGGUCAGAUAACUUUUUCAGCAGGGGGUCAGUCCACUGUCCCUCAGACCUUGGGGGGGGGGCGGACUAUAUUUUGAAAAGAAAAAAAAGAACGAAUUCCUAUGCCCCACAAAUAACCCAGAGGUGCAUUUUAAAUAAAAGCACACAUUCUACUCAUGCAAAAACAUGCUGAUUCCCGUACCAUCCGUGGGCCGGAUUUAGAAGGUGAUUGGGCCGGAUCCGACCCCCGGGCCUUAGUUUACCUACUCAUGGUCUAAGUUUGAUGAUAUUCCAGCAGCGAAAUGAUCUCAAUGUUCAGGGGGCAGAAUGCCUGCAGGCUUCUCAAACACACCACCCCUGUUAGGAUGGGCAGCUGGCCUGGAUGCGCCAGUUCGGGUCAUUCCUGCCACCACAGACAUUUUUGACACCUCUUGCCCUAACCUUGACCGACCAAGAAGCAGCUUGCCUUAUUCUUCCAUCUGUGUAGGUCUGCCCUCCCUGUUUAGUUUUGGGCACUGAUACCUGCAGUCCUUAACCAACGAUUUCCGACCUUCCUAAGGGUCUCCAUUAAAUCUCUCCUGCCUCCCCACCCAACCCUUGCAGCUCCACGUCCCGACGCCUUCCUCUCCGUGGCCUCCGUCCCCAUGGUGCUGGCUGCCGCUGUGAUCUUUUCCGCCAUCCUGGUGACGGUUGUGGCUUGCGUCCUCCUGAAGACGAGACUCCACUUCUGCCACUGCCUCAGGUGAGCCUGGGCAAACUCCAAGAGUGGAUCCUGUUUGUAGUCUGCUACCUUCCACUGUUGAAGUGUAUUUAUUAUACAGUGUGUUUACUGUAUUAGGGAUGCGGGUGGUGUGGUGGGUUAAACCACAGAGACUAGGACUUGCUGAUCAGAAGGUCGGCGGUUCGAAUCCCCACGACGGAGUGAGCUCCCGUUGCUCGGUCCCUGCUCCUGCCAACCUAGCAGUUCGAAAGCACGUCAAAGUGCAAGUAGAUAAAUAGGUACCGCUCCGGUGGGAAGGUAAACAGCAUUUCCGUGCGCUGCUCUGGUUCACCAGAAGCGGCUUAGUCAUGCUGGCCACAUGACCCGGAAGCUGUACGCCAGCUCCCUCGGCCAAUAAAGCGAGAUGAGCGCCGCAACCCCAGAGUCGGUCACGACUGGACCUAACGGUCAGGGGUCCCUUUACAUUUAUGUUUGCUGUAUUACAUGUUAUAAGAAAAAACAACAACUGCUCCCUUUCUCUUAUGGGGUAUCCAAGGCCCGUACAGAGUCCUUAAGUGGGUUCCCUAUCGGUAGGAGAAAAUAACAGAGGCCAACCAGAGAAUAUUGAGAAGCAAAGCAGCUAGUAAGCCUGAUCUUUAUUAAACUGUUGCAACAGGGUCCCCCCCACCACACGCAGGAGGAAGAAUCCAGAACAAUCGUGUGCAAGACUCUUGAAAUUGCCCACCCUGUGGCCCAAGACCACCGCCCAAAACAUCAUACACACAUCACAGAAGGGGGUGGUCUACAGCAGAAAUCCUGUCCGCCAGGAUACCUGACAAUGGUCACUGAUUGCAUUACCUGGGCAGCCUGGCCAUUCUUUUGUGAUGGUUAAUAGUUUAGUUCCUGAAUGCUGGUCACAGGCUCACCCUUUUCAUACACAAAUAUGCCCUUAAGGCAGGAUUUGCAAGCAAAAAGACAAUGGGAAGACUUACCCCAUUUGCCUCCCUCCUUGCAAAGGAAUAUUUGAGGUCAUUGGGAGAGUCAAAAUGGCUUCAGGAUUACUCUCCCCUAUGAUUUCACACACAUGGCUCAUAUAUUUAGAUAUGUGUGCAUUUAUGAAUACAGUGGUACCUCAGGUUACAUACGCUUCAGGUUACAUAUACUUCAGGUUACAAACUCCACUAACCCAGAAAUAUUACCUCGGGUUAAGAACUUUGCUUCAGGAUGAGAACAGAAAUUGCGCAGCAGCAGCAGGAGGCCCCAUUAGCUAAAGUGGUACCUCAGGUUAAGAACAGUUUCAGGUUAAGAAUGGACCUCCGGAACAAAUUAUGUUCUUAACCUGAGCAUAGCUGUCAAGUGUCCCUUAUUUGAAGGGACAGUCCCUUAUUCCAGCGCCAUGUCCCACUGCUGUCCCUUAUUGAUGGAUGUCCCUUAAAUGUCCCUUAAAUGAUGUCCCUUAAAUUUCAAAGGAAGCAGCUCCUCUCCCUCCCUCCCUGCCGGCCAGGGAGGAGGGAGGCUCCAACUGUGUUGCUUGGCUGUGUUGCUCACCCAAUAAGAAGUCUAAGAACGACUGGGGCGUGGAGCUUGCAUGCCUUGUGUGUGGCUAGUUAAUGCAAGCUGAGGGGGGUUUUGAAUGCUGGACGCCAUUUUGUUGCACGUGCUGCUGCAAACUUUGCAGUGCAAAGCCAGGCUGGGGAGCCAUCUUAAGUUGAGGCUGCAUAGGCCUUGUGGUGCAUGUGAUUCAGAUUCUAUUCAGUUGAACCUCUGGUUACAAAGUUGGUUGGACAGUGUUCUCGAAGCUACCAGCAUGAGUUUGACCAGACUGCAGGAGGACAGGAAGACUGGAGUGUCUGGAAUAGGUGAGGCUGCAGGUCCCUUAUUUUGGCUGCUGGUCCCUUAUUUUCAAGGCUGCUGGUCCCUUAUUUUCAAAUCUGUAAGUUGACAGCUAUGAACCUGAGGUACCACUGUAUUUAUUCUAUAUUUGACACCUUAAAAAUCUUAUACUCAAGACUUUUUUUUUUUAAAAUGAAUAGCUGUAUAUAGAUAUUUUUAAAAACGAAUAGAUUGGUCCUUCUUACACACCCUUCCUCCCUUUUGCAAGCUGCGGGGGUCACACUUUGCUCGGGCUUGUACAGAACUUUGGUUUCAAAUACCCUCACACUGCCAUUUCUCUCCCCCCCCCCAGUUCCUACGAGCCCCUGGACGACCCGCUGGAGCAAGUGGAAGAGCUUGACGUGCCCGGACUGGACUGCAGCGGAUGCCCCCUCCCCUCGUACGAAGAGGCUGUCUACGGUCACACGGGGUGCCCCUCGCCACCGGAGGCUCAGGGCCCGACCCCUCUGGUCCUUUCCCAGGAAGCCUGGGCCCCUCCAGAUCUCUGCGGCCUCGGAGAGGAGCCCCCUUCCUACGAGGACUCCUUGGCGGCAGCUUCUACCGAAUCGGGACCUGCCCCAGGAAGAGAGUCACCCUCCCAGCUUCCCACAUCGCUCUUGCCCCCGGGUGUUGGAAAGAAGGAUGGUCCUUAGCCAAGCUUGCAGUGCUUUUGUUGAUCCGCCUUGGAGCCACGAUUUCCUUCCUUCUUUUCCCCUCCACCCUUUUCCAAGUGGCUCCCUGUACAAUCUUGGAGGGCGGUGGGAAUUACGGGGGUGCCCUAAGGAAGCCCUGCCCCUCUCUGAUCAAACGCUGCUAUUGGAGGGCUGUGGUGGGCGGAACGACGCAUCCGCCAAUGAGGGACUGACUUAAUACCCCGGCCAAUGGCCCCGUGGCAGUGGAGCCAUAUUGCAGAUUCAAUGGGCUGGUUUUCCGUGCCGGGACGCAACUAGGAAUUCUGUCCUGAGAAUUCUUGGUUUGUUUGGUUGUUGUUUUUCUUAAUUUACGUUUUAAUUUUAUUUUAAAGCCUUUUUCUUAAUUCAUUUUAUUUCCCAAAGCAAAACGUGAGUGUGUGGAUAUGGGGGAAACUCAUAAUUCCUUCUCUCCAAAGCCUUCCUUGCCUGCUGAGCUCAGAAAUCACGCAGCUUGGAGGCUGCACUGGGUGCCUCAAAGGGACCAGUUUGGACCUGCCCCUGACUGGUGCCUUGCCCCAGUAACGGAUGGAAGUCUUGGCCCAAAUGGCUCGGGGGAAACUGUUCAUAUAUUGACUCCCUCCGCUGAAUUUGGUUCUGCAAGAGCAGACUUGUGACUUUGCUGAAGAGGCCAGCCCAAAAGCAGUAUUGACAUUUGCAAGAACCCUGGGUUAAUCGCCCCAUGUUGUCUGAGUGUACACUCUCCGAUAUACUUUUGAAUGCUGUUUGUCAUUUUCAGAGAUUUGUUUUUAAAAAAACAAUUAAAACUUUGUUCAUUCUACA